UUGGCUGUGUCUGUUGCCCGGCAACUCACAGGCCCGGGUCCUGGGCGCGGGACGCUGUGCUCCGCCAUGGGGCUGUGGAGUCUCCCGUCGCUCCUGCUGGUGUUCCUAAACUGCUGCGCCGCGGCGAGCACUCCGGCCGUGGCCACCCCGGCAGUGACGAAGGAGGAUCUCAACUCCACCGAGGACACUCCCGCCACUCUCAGGCCCUCCCGGUCGCCUAAAACCCCGGAGACUCCCAGGGCCCCGGAGCUCUCUGGCCCCAGGCCCACCCCGGUCACGGACGUUGCUGCUCUGUGUGUCUGUGACCUGCUUCCAGCACAGUGUGAUAUCAACUGCUGUUGUGACCCUGACUGCAGCCCCACAGAUUUCAGCGUCUUCUCUAUCUGCUCAGUCCCAGUUGUCACGGGAGACAGGCAGUUUUGUAGUCAGAAGGCAGCCAUCUACUCAAUGAACUUGACAGCAGACCCGCCUCACCGUGUCCUCAGACUCAUCGACCAGACCAACCCAUCUGUCCUCUGCAUCCAAAUUUCGAACUAUAAGCCUGCGCUGUCCUUUGUUAAUCCAGAGGUACCCAACGAAAACAAUUUCGACAGACUGAUGCAAGCAUCGGGUGGCUUUCCGCCAAGUGCCGAGUCUGAGGUCCCUUCCACAGCCACCUCAGGUGCCCCAAAGCCCACUAGAUACGAGUACGGAGACCCUCUGCAGACUGCAGGCCCAUCUGCAGGUUCAUUUCUGAGACUGCCUUCGCCUCUCACCUCAUCUCUGUGUGCAGAUCAGAACCCAGCAGCAUUUCUGGUGAGCCAGGCCUUCGAGUGCAGCCGUAGAGUGGACAUAGAGCAGUGUGAAGGAAUGGCAGCCCUCAGCAUGGCUCAUUACAGCAGUCCUGCCAUUCUGAGGGUGCCUCACUCAACGACACAGGUCUCCAUCAAGAUCCAGUCUGUCAUGUAUCGGUCUCUCAAUCACACGCUGACUCGGUUAGAAGGCCAAGGUGUCCUGCGGCCGUCUCUGGUCAACACGGGGCAAGAUAGACUCUGCAGCAACGUUGUUCUCCAGGUGAAGUACUGCCUGCUGUACACAGCCAUGGGCCAGAUCCAGGAGGCUAGCCUCUCCCUCGUGCUGGGGACAUUGAGCAGCGCGGUGCGUCUCCUGCAGCAGAAGUUUGAGAUUCUCUUUAUUCAGCACAGCACCAAGCCCGUUCCUCUCAGCGGCAACCCUGGUUACAGGGUGGGAUUCCCACUGGCUGCUGGCUUUCGGCCUCAGAAGGGGUCUGGGAUUAUUCAGACAACGAACAGACGUGGCCAACUUACUAUUCUUCGUAGCACAGGCAAGCAGGACUGCUUCACCAGUGAGGCAUUCCGGGACCCCGUGCUGUUUGGAUACAACAUGCAGUCUGGCUGUCAACUCAGACUGACUGGCACCGUCCCGUGUGGGCUUCUGGCACAGAAGAUGCAGGAUCUGCUGAGAGGCCAGGCCUUCCCCGACUACGUGGCUGCAUUUGGGAAUUCCCGGGCCCAGGACGUGCAGGACUGGGUGCCCGUGCGCUUUGUCCCGCACUCCUCCAGCAUGAAGGGUUCUUGCCAGCUCCCUGUGGCUUUGGGUAUAGAAGUGAAAUGGACUAAGUACGGCUCUCUGCUGAACCCCCAGGCCAGGAUUGUGAAUGUCACUGCCCAGCUCAUCUCAAUUCCAGAGCCCCUCCCAGGGCCCGAGAGGACGAUUGUCAUUUCCACUACGGUGACAUUUGUGGAUGUGUCGGCGCCUGCGGAGGCAGGCUUCCGAGCCCCACCCACCAUCAACGCCAGGCUGCCCUUCAGCUUCUUCUUCCCGUUUGUGUGACGAGAGUGGCCCCUGUAGGAGUGGAGGACAUGGACAGGUGCUCUGGGUCGCAGCAGGGAGGCAGCAGCGCCAAUGAAGGUGUGUCCCCAGUGUCCCGGGAGCGCAAGCCAAGGCAAAGAUGGGGACUGGACUUGGCAGCACACAGUUGCUCUCUGGCCACAGCCCAGCUUCUCUAGGGUGGAGCUUCUGGAAGGCUAGUUCACGUCCCCAAGAAGUCCGUUCUGUUUCAACAGCUUGUUGAGUCGCUCAAUUUCUCGUUCCUAUUGUCAAAGCAGACACGUGCUGGGUGGUGGACUUCUGAGCCACAUUCCCGAGGGUCUGGGGCUACAGACAGCUCAGAGCCACAGUCUGGGACGUUCUGGCCUCUGAGGGGAGCAGCUCUCAGGAAGGGCCUGGGCACUGAUGGCAGGAAAGAUGCCCAAAGGAGGGACUGGACCUGGUUCAGCACCCAGUGAGUAAACAAAUACCAGGAAGAGGGAACAACAGGCUACAGGAAUGUGGUCAGCAGUGGGCUGCAGGGGACAGAAGGGGAACCACACCGGAGUCUCACCUUCUCAGAGCAGCUGAAUUCCAGGUGCUGGAUCUUGGUGGCCAGUUGAAGGUUUAUCUGCUUUAACCGCAAGACCUGCCGGUCCGAGCGCAUCUUCACCGAGAUGAUGAUGCCUAGAAGGGAGGGGGUUUGCAGUGGCGCAACAGCUGGAGUCUGAAACAUGCUUUAAUAUUACUGUGUGUGUGAGGGAGGAAGACAAAGCAUGCACUCAGGCGCAAGCUCGCCCCACAGGGCGCAUGUGGAUGGUCAAAGCGCAGCUUAUGGGAGUCACCGUGUGGGCUUGAAGUCAGGUCAGCAAACUUAGGGCAAGUGUCAGUGCCAAGACAUGGAUUCUAAUUCACAGAUUCACUUGUUUGUCUCUACACACCCAAGUGUGACAGCUAUCAAGGCAGCCUCCUCAGGAGGGGCAAGGCUGUCGUUUCUGCUAGCGAGUACCCAGCAUUUCCCUAUGGCCCUCUUGGGAGCAGGGUCUCUGCAGGCUAGCUGUGUUCCCAAGGACACCAAGGACAAGUGUCCCCAGCAGUAGCUGACAGCUGCUUGUCUUCCCUGGUCAGAGUCCAGAAUGUGGGAAAUGAAGACAGAAGUUAAAGCAGGGACUCGUGCUGCAGCAGGCCCUGACUGCUGGGCACCCAGCCUGGCGACUUGGGGUGCCUUGCCCAGCUCCAGUGGCCCACGGCUCCCGUCCCCAUGGCCAGUCUGGAGCACCGGUGCUGCCCCUCAGAUAGAGACCCAGAUAGGCCCAGGAGUUGCCCGCCCCACUUGAGCGGGAGGCUUCCGGCCGCUUAGCCACAAUGCCCCCUCAGGGAGCCUGCGCACUGUGACUGCAUUGUGGUAUAUUUGACCAGCUACGUCUGUCUUUUUAAUAAAGUCCUUUCGACCCCAUGUA